AUAUUUCUACAUCUCUAUGAAUGAACAUGACUGUGUGGCUACUGUAGCUGCAGAAUAUAAACUCACCAGAAACAUUCCAAAUGCAGAAGUGGUUCUCAUCUUUUUUUGCAGCUUAAGAUCUGCCUUGAUAUUUGAAGAGAUCUAAACUAGAUCAAUUUCUUUCACAGGAUCAACUAAACAGUGUACCACAAUGAAUUCUGAACUUGACUAUUACGAAAACUUUGAAGAACUCCAUGGGGUUCUAAUGUAUAAAGAUUUUGUCAAAUAUUGGGAAGAUGUGGAAACAUUCCAGGCAAGACCAGAUGAUCUUGUCAUUGCCACCUAUCCUAAAUCUGGCACAACCUGGGUUAGUGAAAUUGCAUAUAUGAUCUAUAAAGAGGGUGAUGUGGAAAAGUGUAAAGAAGAUGUAAUUUUUAAUCGAAUACCUUUCCUGGAAUGCAGAAAAGAAGACCUCAUGAAUGGAGUAAAACAAUUAGAUGAGAUGAAUUCUCCUAGAAUUGUGAAGACUCAUUUGCCACCUGAACUUCUUCCUGCCUCAUUUUGGGAAAAGAAUUGUAAGAUAAUCUAUCUUUGCCGGAAUGCAAAGGAUGUGGCUGUUUCCUUUUAUUAUUUCUUUCUAAUGGUGGCUGGUCAUCCAAAUCCUGGAUCCUUUCCAGAGUUUGUGGAGAAAUUCAUGCAAGGACAGGUUCCUUAUGGUUCCUGGUAUAAACAUGUAAAAUCUUGGUGGGAAAAGGAAAAGAGUCCACGUAUACUAUUUCUUUUCUAUGAAGACCUGAAAGAGGAUAUCAGAAAAGAGGUGAUAAAAUUGAUACAUUUCCUGGAGAGGAAGCCAUCAGAGGAGCUUGUGGACAAGAUUAUACAUCAUACUUCAUUCCAGGAGAUGAAGAACAAUCCAUCCACAAAUUACACAACACUGCCAGACGAAAUUAUGAACCAGAAAGUGUCGCCCUUCAUGAGAAAGGGAAUUACAGGAGACUGGAAAAAUCACUUUACAGUAGCCCUGAAUGAAAAAUUUGAUAAACACUAUGAGGAGCAAAUGAAGGAAUCUACACUAAAGUUUCGAACUGAGAUCUAAGAAGGGUUUGAAUCAUGAUGCUGAGAAGUGGCAAAGUUUUUAAAUUUUCAAGUCUAUCAAUCUGCACCAUAAUGGAACUUAAAGUUGAAGUUGAACCCUCUCAUUUAACAAAAUAUGAAGAUACAGUUAUAUCUUCAUCCUUUC